UUUCCAUGAUGUCUCAAAGCAUGGGUGAUGAUAACCUCAGUAGCUUGGAUUCUAAUGAAGCAGAAAUUGAACCAGAAAACAUGAGAGAAAAAUUUUUCAGAAGCUUAGUAGUGUUACUAGAAAAUAAAAGUAAUAAUACCAAGAUAUUUUCUAAAGCAAAGUACUGUCAGUUAAUAAAGGAAGUGAAAGAGGCUAAAGCUAAGGCAAAAAAGGAGUCAGUUGACUAUCGUCGAUUGGCUAGAUUUGAUGUGAUUCUGGUACAAGGCAAUGAGAAGCUGAUUGAAGCUGUAAACGGAGACACAGAUAAAAUACGGUAUUAUUUACACAGUGAGGACUUAUUUGACAUUCUGCACGAUACACAUCUCAGCAUUGGACAUGGCGGACGUACCCGCAUGGAAAAAGAGUUACAAGCAAAAUAUAAGAACAUCACAAAAGAAGUUAUUAUGCUAUACUUGACACUCUGCAAACCUUGCCAGCAGAAAAAUUCAAAACUCAAGAAAGUUCUAACUUACAAGCCACUUAAGGAAGUUAACUCAAGAUGUCAAGUGGAUCUUAUAGACAUGCAAUUGAAUCCUGAUGGGGAGUACAAAUUUAUUAUGCAUUAUCAAGACCUUCGUACAAAGUUGAGCUUUUUGCGGGCAUUAAAAUCUAAAAGACCUAAAGAGGUUGCGCAUGCUCUGUUAGAUAUUUUUACAAUCACUGGUGCCCCCAGUGUCCUACAAUCUGACAAUGGGAGGGAGUUUUCAAGCCAGAUUGUCAGUGAACUCAGUAAUAUUUGGCCAGAACUGAAAAUUGUCCAUGGGAAGUCUCAACCUUGCCAAAGUCAAAGUUCUACUGAUCAGACUAAUGAGGACAUCCAAAAUAGGAUUAUCUCCUGGAUGCAAACUAACAAUUCAUCACACUGGGCUGAAUUUUUAUGGUUCAUUCAGAUGACCCAAAACCGUUCCUAUCACAGAGGCAUGCAGCAGGCUCCAUGUGAAGGUCCUUUUAGCUCUGAGGCUAAACUGGGCCUGUCUCAUUCUCAGUUAACUGAAGAGCUUGUUGCCAGCCUGAACACAGAUAAUGACUUAGAACAGCCUGACAGAGAGUUAGAAAAUACUCUAAGAGCGCACUAUGAAGAAAACACUGAGACCGGCACAGAGAGUAGUGACAUUGAAGAGAAUCUUUCUCUUCCUCCCCUGGUGGCCCAAAGAAACCACCCUGAAAACAGACUAAAAUUUUUAUCUUGUGUAGUCUGUGAAAAAGAGUGCACAGGUGCUAAUAGUUGUAUGUCCUGUGACAGGAAUGUCUACCCCGUCUGUGGCGUCCCCUCUUCACAUGAGGCUGAGGGCUGUCACCAUAGAAUAACUUGCAGUCUCUGCAAUGAGACCACUGCUGUGAAGAGGAAACAGAGUGAGAUUCAAAGAAGCUUGAAUGUUCAACCUUCAAAAAUGCUGAAGUCAUCAGAGACACCUUUUUCAUCCAACAAAGUAGGAGAUUGGAUGGCAAAACAAGCUUCACUGGACUUCUUUGUCAAGAAAAGACACGCCUUUUCUGAAUACAGAGGCAAUAGUAAAAGAAAUGGUAACAAUGGGAGUCAUCCUGAAGAGGUGAAAACCAAAAGAGUUCAUACUACUUUCACUCGCAAGUACGAUCCCUCCUACAUCGAGUUUGGUUUUGUGGCCAUAAUUGACGGUGAAGUGCUAAAACCACAGUGCAUUAUUUGUGGAGAUGUACUGGCUAAUGAGGCGAUGAAACCGUCAAAAUUGAAGCGGCAUUUGUAUUCAAAACAUAAAGAAAUAAGUUCCCAACCGAAAGAAUUCUUUGAGAGAAAGAGUAGUGAAUUAAAAAGCCAACCAAAGCCAGUGUUCAGUGUUUCUCACAUCAACAUUAGUGCUUUGCGGGCAUCUUACAAAGUAGCACUUCCGGUUGCGAAGUCUAAAACGCCCUACACAAUUGCAGAGACGCUUGUGAAAGACUGCAUCAAAGAAGUCUGCUUGGAAAUGCUGGGUGAGUCAGCAGCCAAGAAGGUGGCACAAGUGCCGCUGUCCAAUGACACCAUCGCUCGGAGGAUCCAGGAACUGGCUAAUGACAUGGAGGACCAGCUCAUCGAACAAAUCAAACAAGCCAAGUAUUUUUCAUUGCAAUUUGAUGAAUGCAGAGAUAUCGCAAACAUGAUCGUUCUUUUAGUAUAUGUGAGGUUCGAACAUGAUGAUGACAUAAAGGAAGAAUUCUUCUUUUCAGCCUCUUUGCCAACAAACACAACUAACUCGGAACUAUAUGAAGCUGUGAAGAAUUACAUUGUCAACAAGUGUGGUCUGGAAUUUAAGUUCUGCGUAGGCGUGUGUUCUGAUGGUGCAGCUUCAAUGACAGGUAAACAUUCUGAGGUGGUCACCCAGAUUAAGGAACUUGCACCAGAAUGUAAAAUAACUCAUUGCUUCAUUCACCGGGAAAGUCUUGUUAUGAAAAAAAUAUCAGCCGAACUAAAUAGGGUGCUUACGGACAUAGUAAAAAUUGUGAAUUAUGUGAAAUCUAAUGCAUUAAAUUCAAGAUUAUUCUCCCUAUUAUGUGAUAAUAUGGAAACUGAUCAUAAGCAACUGCUCUUACACGCUGAGAUGCGGUGGCUGUCGCGUGGGAAAGUUCUGUCGAGAAUGUUUGAAAUACGAAAUGAACUGCUGGUGUUUCUGCAGAGCAAAAAACCAGCUUGGUCCCAGCUGUUUAAAGAUGUGAACUGGACAGCCAGCCUUGCUUACUUAUCUGACAUCUUCAGUGUUUUUAAUGAUCUGAAUGCGUCCAUGCAAGGGAAGAAUGCUACAUGUUUCUCAAUGGCAGAUAAGAUUGAAGGACAAAAGCAAAAGUUAGAAGCUUGGAAAAGGAGAGUUUCCACAGAUUGUUAUGACAUGUUCCAUAACCUGACGACACUUAUCAAUGAAGUAGGUAACGAUCUUGAUAUUGCACACCUGCGAAAAGUUAUCAAUGAGCAUCUUACAAAUUUGUUAGUUUGCUUUGAAUUUUAUUGUCCCUCAAAAGAAGAUCCACGCAUAGGAAAUUCAUGGAUCCAAAAUCCAUUUCUUUCAUCAAAAGAUCAUUUAAAUUUAACUGUAACUCUACAGGAUGAGCUGCUGAGGCUGGCUACUGAUGAAGGUUUAAAAAUGAAUUUUGACAAUACAGCAUCACUUCCUUCAUUUUGGAUAAAAGUGAAAAGUGAAUACCCUGAACUUGCUGAGAUUGCUUUAAAAUCUCUCCUUUUGUUCCCCUCAACUUACCUCUGUGAGACUGGGUUCUCUACUUUAAGUGUCAUUAACAAACAUAGGAACAGUUUAAACAUCCAUUAUCCCCUAAGAGUAGCAUUGUCCUCCAUCCAGCCUAGAUUAGACAAAUUAACGAGCAAGAAGCAAGCUCAUUUAUCACAUUAAAAACUUCAAAUGCUGAGUUACAAAGUGUUCUUUCAAAGUCAACAUAUAGGCCUCAUGGAAGUAGGCAUAGUUGUGAUUAAAAUAGCAGUUUUCUAAAUUGCCUAUAUGUAUACUUUCAAUUAUGUGUGCAGUUUUAUCCUUUUAUUUUUAUUUUUCACGUUUGUUAUAUUUAUUUAAAUGUAAUUUUAAAUAGGUUGAUUCUAAUAUUUAAAAAUUUGGUCUUAUAUUUAGUAUGUAAUUUUUUAUUGUAAUUCAUUAGGAUAUUAAGAUGGUAGGAGGACUUCAGCAUGAGGGAUGAUUCUUUGAAGCAUCAGACUAGGUCAGUGAAGGGAAGUGAAUUCAAGGAAAGAAUCUUGGAAAGCAGGGUAGUGGGUAAGGUGUUGAACUUGUCAAGUGAUCCUGAGCAGUUGGGUUGUAAGUUCUUUUGGUAGGUUCAUGUUUAGACACAGUGGGUGAGGUGGGGAGGGGAAACCUUUGUCUUAUAAUACUGUUAUGGCUUUGGACUCCCAAAUUCAGAUUUCAGAAUGGUGGGGGGUGAGGCCAUAGUGACAAGUUCAUGUCAGGUGGAGGUUUUCAGAUUUUGCCAGAGCUGAUUGCCUUUAAGGUUCUCUGGGACAAAGUUGGGGAUUAUUGAUUUCUCAAGUGGAUUUAAUAACCUUUAUUGUAGUGAGAUGACUCAGAAAAAAUGCCACAUAUAUCUGCUCUCUAAUCUGUGUCCUCAGAAUUACUGAAAACACUAUUAGCAUAAGGCAGCUUCUUCGAGGAUUCUUUUUUUCUUGUUUUUAAAGAUUUAUUUAUUUACUCAUACAAGAACCUGGGUACAGGCCAGAUGCUCAGGAGGGUUUAGAGGAUUCAGAGACAGAGCGGGGGACAGAACAGGCAGACUGACGAAAUACACUGCUGAGGGGGUGUUUUGUUUAAAUGACAGCGGGCGAGACAGGAGAGGUCCGCAGCGCCAUGUGGUACCCUCACUGGCCGGCUGGUAUGGAACCGGUGCUGCAGAGGCUGCGGACAGCUUCACAGCGCUGCGCUCAACCGCCUGCGCCACCAGGGGAGGCCCUUCUUCGAGUAUUCCUAAGAAAAUGAGUUUUUUCCUAGACAGGGAAGGUACUUACAUAAAUGUUUCUUUUCAAAGAAAUGUGAUAUUGAAAGCGAAGAAGGGAAAGAUUUAGCAAUACAAAAUGUCACCAAUAAUUUAGCCAUUUGAUAAGAAAGUUCAAAGGAGUAGAUGCCAAAAACCUUUGCAAGUGGAGGAGACAUUUUCACAUUCAGUUGUGAAGUCUCAGUAGGAUUAUUUUAUAUAGUUUGUUAAUAAUUAAAUAUUGCAGGUUUUUCCAAAAAAAAGCUGAUGGUAAGUAGAUUUAGGAGACAGUGUUUAAUCCACCUGCCUUCAUCUUACAUGCCCUCUUUCCUAUCUGAUUAUAUUUUGGAAAUAGACUAAAGUUUUUUAACUUUGUCAUUUGUUUUAUUGAUUCAAUAAAGUAUGGUGCUUCCCAUUUUCAAUUUAAAAAGCAACUUGAUGAUUUUAUAUUUCUAAAAAUACUUAAAAGUGGUUUGGGAGAAAAUCAAGUGAGGGACAAAAAGAAUGCAUUUUGAAUAUCUGAGAAAAUAAUUAAAAUCAUCUG